AUGCUUCACCAGUUCCUGAAAGAGGAAGAGGAUGCCAGACUGGCUUCACUGAGGGAGAAGGAGAAGGGAACGAUGAUCGCCAGAGAGAUGAAGAACAUUCAGGACCAGAUUUCUUCUCUCACAGAAAACCUCAUUGCAUUGGAGCAGAAACCCCCCCCCAAAAAAGGAGCUGCCAUUACUCACAAACUAAAAACACCCAGACAAGCUACAGAGCCCAGUGCACACUGGCAGAUCCACAGCUGGUCUUAG